UUGGAGAGAGCUCAAAACUCUUGCCGGCUGCCCGGGAGCUUCACUCGCUCGCCCGCCCGCCCGCCUGCCAGCUGACACCAGCCAGCCUCUGCUCCAGGGCUCUCUUCCCCAAAGGACCUUGCCCGAGGGUUGCUUCCACACACUGCAGAGAUGGAGGCCAUUAAGAAGAAGAUGCAGAUGCUGAAGCUGGACAAGGAGAAUGCCAUUGACCGGGCAGAGCAGGCGGAGGCCGACAAGAAGGCUGCGGAGGACAAGUGCAAGCAGGUGGAGGAUGAGCUGGUGGCCCUGCAGAAGAAGCUGAAGGGGACCGAGGAUGAGCUGGACAAGUACUCGGAAGCGCUGAAGGACGCGCAGGAGAAGCUGGAGCAGGCGGAGAAGAAAGCCACCGACGCUGAAGGGGAAGUGGCAGCCCUGAACCGCCGUAUCCAGCUGGUGGAAGAAGAGUUGGAUCGGGCCCAGGAGCGCCUGGCCACAGCUCUGCAGAAGCUGGAGGAGGCCGAGAAGGCCGCCGAUGAAAGCGAGAGAGGGAUGAAGGUCAUUGAGAACCGGGCCAUGAAGGACGAGGAGAAAAUGGAGAUCCAGGAGAUGCAGUUGAAGGAGGCCAAGCACAUCGCGGAGGAGGCUGACCGCAAGUACGAAGAGGUUGCCCGUAAACUGGUCAUUCUGGAGGGAGAGCUGGAAAGAGCUGAAGAACGGGCCGAGGUGUCUGAGCUGAAAUGCAGUGAUCUGGAAGAGGAGCUGAAGAACGUCACCAACAACCUGAAGUCCCUGGAGGCGCAGUCUGAGAAGUACUCUGAGAAGGAGGACAAAUAUGAGGAAGAAAUCAAGCUUCUGACUGACAAACUCAAGGAGGCUGAAACACGAGCUGAAUUUGCAGAGAGAACGGUUGCCAAACUGGAGAAGACGAUUGACGAUCUUGAAGAGAAAGUUGCCCAAGCGAAAGAAGAGAACUUGACUUUGCACCAAACGCUGGAUCAGACCCUAAGCGAACUUGGCAGCAUAUAAAUUGGGGAUGCAGCCCAACUUUCGAAGGCCAAGAAAUCCCCCUCACUCAUGCUUGGAGUGGCCGUUGCCUUUUGGGAACCCCUCCCUCCCCCUCCCCCUCCCCCAUCCAUGCAGAAAGCAAAUCUAACAAGGGACCAAAUACUUUCUUUCCCCUUCACUUUGCCUCUCAAUGUUAUGGCUUUGGGCACAGAUUGAGUGUAGUUUCAUUUGUUCCUGUCAUGCUGUAGUAUGACAGGUUGUAAAACUGGAAAGCUGUACCCCUCCCUCUUCAGUGGCAGGCAUCUUCCAAAGGUGCUAGUCUGGCGGGGGGCACCCUGCUCUUCUGAGGAGGAUGGUAGCUUCUUCCUGUGGCAGUAAUGGUCUGGUGCCUUCUGUCUUCAGUGGCAGGAAGUCUUUUUAAAAGAGGGAUUCUUUUUUUAUGCAGAAGUGUGAUAUUUAUAGACAUGUUUACAGUUAGUGACUUAACCUUCAACAUACAAACUGGACAUCUUAAAUAUUCAUCUGAUCUUGGGCUUCCCAGUUUACAAGUGUGUGCCAAAACCAAUUGAUUGGUUGUGCUCUGAUGGGGAAAAACUGUUGUUGUUUUUAAACUGUAUUUAUUAAAUGUUGGGUGGUGGGAAAAUUAGCAAAAUGAAUCCAGCUGAAAUCUUAUGACACCCCCACCCCUGGACUGCCUCCUGUAACAUGGCAGUAGCUUUUUACCUUUGGAUAUAAUAAACUUUGUGUUUAUGUACACA